AUGGCCAAGCCUUGUGGGGUGCGCCUGAGCGGGGAAGCCCGCAAACAGGUGGAUGUCUUCAGGCAAAAUCUUUUCCAGGAUGCCGAGGAAUUCCUCUACAGAUUCUUGCCUCAGAAAAUCAUAUACCUCAAUCAGCUCUUGCAAGAGGACUCCUUCAAUGUGACUGACCUGAAUUCUCUCCGGGCUCCACUGGACAUCCCCAUUCCAGACCCCCCACCCAAGGAUGAUGAGAUGGAAACAGAUAAACAGGAGAAGAAAGAAGUCCCUAAGUGUGGCUUUCUCCCUGGGAAUGAGAAGAUUCUGGCCUUGCUUGCCCUGGUUAAGCCAGAAGUCUGGACUCUCAAAGAAAAAUGUAUUCUGGUGAUCACAUGGAUCCAGCACCUGAUCCCCAAAAUUGAGGAUGGAAAUGACUUUGGGGUGGCAAUCCAGGAAAAGGUGUUGGAGAGGGUAAAUGCAGUCAAGACCAAAGUGGAAGCCUUCCAGACAACUAUUUCCAAGUACUUCUCAGAACGUGGGGAUGCUGUGGCCAAGGCCUCUAAGGAGACCCAUGUAAUGGAUUACCGGGCCCUGGUGCACGAACGAGACGAGGCAGUCUAUGGGGAGCUCAGGGCCAUGGUGCUGGACCUGAGGGCCUUCUAUGCUGAGCUUUACCAUAUCAUCAGCAGCAACCUGGAGAAAAUUGUCAACCCAAAGGGUGAAGAGAAGCCAUCCAUGUACUGA